CUACAACCAAUGGAAUCCAAAAUUCAACUCUUUUUCUUCACCCUUUUCCUCCUCACUCUUACCACCCAUGCAAAAACUCUUCAAACUUACAUAGUUCAGCUACACCCUCAUGCCAUAACCAGCUCUAUCUUCACCUCCAAACUCAAAUGGCAUCUUUCAUUUAUACAACAAACCAUUUCCUCAGAUGAGGACCCUUCUUCACGCCUCCUCUAUUCUUACCGUUCAGCCAUGGACGGUUUUGCAGCUCAGCUAACUGAGUCUGAGCUUGAGUACCUACAAAAGUUACCUGAUGUUAUCUCAAUUAGGCCAGACCAAAAGCUCCAGAUUCAGACCACAUAUUCUUACAAGUUCUUGGGAUUAAACCCCGCAAGAGAAAAUGGUUGGUUUCAAUCUGGAUUUGGCAGGGGAACCAUAAUUGGGGUGCUUGAUACUGGAGUGUGGCCAGAGAGUCCUAGCUUCAAUGAUCACGGAAUGCCUCCAAUUCCCAAGAAAUGGAAGGGUAAAUGCCAAGCAGGACAAGCCUUUAACUCUUCCAAUUGUAACAGAAAACUCAUUGGUGCAAGGUACUUUACCAAAGGCCAUUUUGCAGUAUCACCUUCAAGAAUUCCAGAAUAUCUCUCUCCAAGAGACUCAUCUGGACAUGGCACACACACUUCUUCCACAGCUGGUGGAGUUGCAGUGCCAAUGGCAAGUGUUUUUGGUUAUGCAGCUGGUGUGGCAAGAGGAAUGGCUCCUGGUGCUCACAUUGCAAUCUACAAAGUUUGCUGGUUCAAUGGCUGCUAUAACUCUGAUAUCAUGGCUGCAUUGGAUGUGGCAAUCAGAGAUGGUGUGGACAUUCUAUCAUUGUCUCUUGGUGGCUUCCCAGUGCCUCUUUAUGAUGAUAGUAUUGCCAUUGGUAGCUUUAGAGCAAUGGAGCAUGGGAUUUCAGUUAUAUGUGCUGCAGGAAACAAUGGCCCAAUAGCAAUGUCUGUUGCCAAUGAAGCUCCUUGGAUUGCUACUGUUGGUGCAAGCACACUAGAUAGGAAAUUCCCAGCUUUAGUUCGCAUGGGUAAUGGACAAGUUCUCUAUGGAGAAUCCAUGUACCCAAUGAACAGAAUAAUGAGCAAUGACAAAGAACUUGAGCUGGUUUAUUUGACUCAUGGAGAAAUGGAGAGUCAAUUUUGCCUUAGAGGGUCUCUUCCAAGGGACAAAGUUCAAGGCAAAAUGGUGGUCUGUGAUCGAGGUAUCAAUGGAAGAGCAGAAAAAGGCCAAGUUGUGAAGGAGGCUGGUGGUGCUGCUAUGAUCUUGGCAAACACAGAGCUAAACUUGGAAGAGGAUUCAGUUGAUGUUCAUGUCUUGCCAGCAACUUUGUUAGGAUUUGAUGAAUCAGUCACCUUGAAAGCUUACAUAAACUCUACAACGAGGCCUCUUGCUCGAAUUGAAUUUGGAGGAACUGUAAUAGGGAAGUCUAGAGCUCCAGCAGUAGCAAGAUUUUCAGGUAGAGGACCAAGUUUUUCAAACCCUUCAAUCCUCAAACCAGAUGUUAUAGCUCCAGGAGUGAACAUCAUUGCUGCAUGGCCUCAGAACCUUGGUCCUACAGGUCUUCCAGAGGAUUCUAGAAGAGUGAAUUUCUCUGUCAUGUCUGGUACCUCAAUGGCAUGUCCUCAUAUUAGUGGAAUUGCUGCUCUUAUUCGUUCAGCUCACCCUAGUUGGACCCCUGCAGCUAUCAAAUCUGCAAUCAUGACAACAGCUGAGAUAACUGACCACACAGGAAGUCCAAUUCUAGAUGAAGAUAAACCAGCUGAUGCUUUUGCCAUAGGAGCAGGAAAUGUGAAUCCACAAAGAGCAUUAAAUCCAGGACUUAUAUAUGACAUUAGGCCUGAUGACUAUGUUACACAUCUUUGCAGCAUUGGAUAUACAAGUUCAGAAAUAUUCAGUAUCACUCACAGAAAUGUUAGUUGCCAUGCAAUCAUGCAGAUGAAUAGAGGAUUCAGCCUUAACUAUCCUUCAUUCUCAGUAACUUUUAAGGAUGGAAUGAGGAGAAAGAUGUUCAGCAGGAGACUAACAAAUGUGGGAAGUCCUGACUCCAUCUACUCAGUGGAGGUUAUGGCACCUGAAGGAGUGAAAGUGAUAGUGAAACCCAAGAGACUGGUAUUUAAACAAAUAAACCAAAGCUUGAGUUACAGUGUAUGGUUUCUAUCAAGAAAGAGGGCUAAAAAGGGUGAUGAUAUUAUGACCUUUGCAGAUGGGCAUUUGACAUGGGUACACUCACAAAAUGGUUCUUACAAGGUUAGAAGCCCAAUAGCAGUGACUUGGAAGUCUAAGUAG